UCAUCACACUCAAGGGACAGCAGGCCAUACUGUCCCGGUGGGAUCCAGUCUCCAGGGCAUCACUGAGGAAUCCAGAAGCAUGGAACUGAGGGUGUGGCUUCUGUGCUUGCUGCUGCUAGGCUCAGUCCUCCCAGGAGCUUGCAGCCGAGCCCACCAGCACUCCAUGGAGACGCGCACCCCUGACAUCAAUCCUGCCUGGUACACGGGCCGUGGGAUCAGGCCUGUGGGCCGCUUCGGCAGGAGGAGGACAGUCCUGAGGGAUGUCGCCAUCACCAAGCCUGGCCUGCGAGGCCGGCUCAGCUGCCUCUCAGAGGAUGGAAGCGCCAAGUUCUCUCAGCAGGGAUAACAGCUCAGCUCAUGAAGACAGUGAUGCUGAGCCCAACCCCACCCUCCCUCUCCCCUGCGGGGCCUCCCCCACCUCCCGCUCCCCUGUGAAGCCUCCCCUCCCUCUCCUCUGCUUUCCCUUUACUCUAA